AUGCAGUUUGCGAUCCUUUUCCUGGUGACAGCCCUCUGGAUUGUUUACAAGGUGGCUCUUUGGGCGGUACAUCCAUUGAGAAAGUUCCCCGGUCCUCUAUCCGCAUCCUUUAGCAACGUAUGUGUUACCAAUUACUAUGACUUAAUCAGGACCCAAAACUCAAGAAAAGGACAGACUCUGUAUUCAUGGAACUUUUUGAGCGGUCGUCAGCCGUAUCGCCAACUCGAAUUACAUGAAAAAUAUGGACCGAUUGUUCGGGUUGCCCCAAAUGAACUCAGUUUCAACACGGCUAGCUCAUGGAGAGACAUUUACGGUGUUCGCAAAGACGCGGGUGUUUUCGUCAAGAGUCUAUUUUACGACGGGGGAAACUUCGCCGCAGAGGCAUUGUCUAUUGUGAGCGAGCGCGAUCCCAAGAACCAUGCAGAGAUGCGCCGAUAUCUCAGCAGCGCCUUCUCGGACAGAUCCAUCAAAUCCCAAGAGCCACUCAUUGCCGAAUGUGUUGACCGCUUCGUGGAGAAGCUUGCGGAGACUGGCCAAAAUGAUGAGGGCACCGACUUCACCAUGUGGUACAAUCUGACCACCUUUGACAUUAUCGGCAGUCUCGCGUUUGGCCAAGACUUUGGUUGUGUAGAAUCUGGGAAGCAUCACUUUUGGGUUGCCAUUGUGACAAAGAGUCUUCGUUUGGGAGCAUUGGCCGAUUGCUUUCGCCGAUUCCCAGCCGUGGCUACCAUCUUUCAGAUCGUCUUCUCUAGCAUGAUCAAGAAGCUGAUGGCGGAGAACCGAGCACAUCAAAGGCACACGAUGGAUCUAGUCCAAAAAGUCCUGCUAUUCAGCCGUCUUGCUUCACACUCUGACCGCCCGGAUUUCCUGACCAAGAUUAUUGAAGCGCGCAAAGAAGCAAACAUAUCCGAUGUCCAGAUUGCCGCGCAUUCUUCCGAUUUUGUUAUUGCAGGAAGCGAAACGCCAGCCACCACGCUGGCAUGCAUGACGUACUAUCUCGCCAAGAACCCCAAAAUGCAGCAACAGUUACAAGAAGAAGUGAGAUCGUCGUUCCAGAAGUAUGAAGAUAUUACUGCUGCCACAACCGCCACAUUGCCAUAUCUCAAGGCUGUAGCACAGGAAGCUAUGCGAAUCUACCCGCCGCUGCCUUUUGCCCUUCCUCGCACAGUUCCCAACGGCGGUGCCACUAUUGAUGGCUAUUUUGUGCCUGAAGGAAUUACCGUAUCAACUAGCCCAUUCGCCGCGAGCAUGGCCACCUCAAAUUUUGAAGAGCCUUGGGAAUUUCGACCAGAGAGAUGGCUUGAACCCAAUCCAAAGGACCAACUUGAAGCCAGUCAACCGUUUUCCCACGGAACUAGGGCCUGUAUGGGCAGAACUCUUGGUUGGAUGGAGCUGCAGACAAUUAUGGCCAAAGUCAUAUAUCGUUAUGACUUGGAACUCGCUGAUGAGAAAUUGGACUGGCAGAAGGAGUCGAGAAUGCACACGCUGUGGGAGAAGCCACCGUUGAUGGUCAAGGUUCGCCCAUACCAGAAGUAA